AAUCAAUCCACACCAUAGCAACAUACCUAGACCAUACCAUCCAUAGAAAAAACCAUUGAGACAUUUAUCGAAAACAACCGAAACGCGCAACAUAAGCAAUUCAAGCGUUACUGUAGCAAAGUGGACAAACAGAGAACGCAUAGCAACUUAUUGCUAAAAGCGCAGUGUAGGCAAUGAUCGACGAACGCACUCGUUAUUUGGCUAGAACAGUUGAAACUUUCCAGAACCUUUGUAAAAACACUAAAAGCGCAGCAUAAGCACAAAUUGACAGACACCUCACUCCGAUAGAAUGAAUAAAUUGCACCUCAUAUCAAUAACCUUUAAUUAGGACAAAAACACAUUCCAAAACCAAUAUUUCGAAACCCAUUGAGUAUAAAUAAAACCAAUUCCGACCGUGGCAAGUCAGAUUCGUUCGGACUGCCAAGAUAGGACGUUACGCUUCCUAAAAACUUCGUGUACCAACUUAUUUCAAGAGUUUAGUUAUGUCCCCCUACCCAAGGUAAGGCUUCUAAACUCCAACAUUUCCAAUAAGGGAAACUCCUUCCGGGUUUCCAUGAUCGCCUGGACGAUCAAAUCAGUCCGCUUCGAAUAGUUCGUUCCACCUCAGCUCAUGUCAGUAAAGACUGACUCCCCGCAAAAACGGUGCACGACGGCCCCGCGUACGUUCGAUCACAUUACAUGGCGACCGUGACCUUAAUCUGCAAUCGACAGGCAGAAGUAUAAGCAAAUUAUUUUCAAGUAAAAUGUGAUAAGUACAACGGUAACGUAAAACGUAAGUGUCGUGUGACGAACCAAAAGUAUUGUGACCAUAACCGUCAUUCGACGGAACGUGAGAAAAAAGUGUCAAAUGUGCAUUUUUUUAACGAAACAUUCAACAACGCUGCUGGCACAAGUGACCCAUAUGUUAUAAAUAAUAACGGUGAAAGAACAGCCAGAAGCAAGUGCAGUGCAGAUCGACGCAGACAUCAGGACGCGACUGCUAGCCCGCAUUGAGGAUAAGGCCUGCGUGACCUUGCAACAGCUUUCUUCAGAGUGCCAUCGGUUAAUCAACCUGAAAAAGGAUAGCGCAAUGAUCGAGGCACCGGUACCAGAGCGUGUUCUAGUAGUAAACACAAAAAUGCAUCGCGCACCACGUCAGUUCCAACCCAAGCGCGACAAUCCUACUACCCCGUGUUGGUCGUGCGGAGGGCUGCAUUGGAGCCGCGAUUGCCCGUACAAACAACACCGAUGCACAACUUGUUCCCGGACGGGCCACAAAGAAGGCUAUUGCAACACCAUAAGAUCCCGUAAGCCCGGCAAACGCCCCUGGAAGCAGCGUAAAACACAAUUAAGGAUGGUGACAGUGAACGUCCAGAGUGUACAGCAACGGUGCAGAUUCGUGUCACUUACGAUGAAUGGUACAUCGGUUCGUAUGCAGUUGGACACGGCUUCCGACAUUACUGUGAUAGAUCACACAAGCUCAUUGGCAGUCCCCAGUUAGCAGCACCAUCCGUAAUCGCUAGAACCGCCUCAGGUGCUAAAUCACGUACCUUGGACACGUGAUCGAUAGCCACGGGUUACGACCAGAUCCGUCAAAAAAUCGAGCUUAUAAAGAAGCUCCCUGAACCGAAAGACAUAUCCGGUGUGAGAUCAUUUCUGGGAGCAAUUAACUAUUACGGGAAGUUCAUCCCGAAUAUGAGGAAGCUGCGAUAUCCGUUAGACAAUUUGCUUAAGGCAAAUAAUUCAUUCUGCUGGACGCCAGAAUGCAAAAAGUCGUUCGCAACGUGCAAGUCUCUCCUAUCGUCCGACCUACUUCUAACGCACUAUGAUCCACGGCAGAAGAUAAUCGUUUCUGCAGACGCUUCGUCCAUCGGCCUUGGCGCAACGAUUAGCCACGUGUAUCCUGGAGGUGCAAUGCGCGUAAUUCAACAUGCUUCCCGCGCCCUCAGUGAAGCAGAGCGUCAUUACAGCCAAAUCGAUCGCGAAGGCUUGGCUAUCAUCUUCGCUGUAAAAAAGUUUCAUAAAAUGAUCUUCGGCAGGCGUUUUGUUCUUCAAACGGACCAUCGACCUCUUCUUCAUAUUUUCGGCUCGAAGAAGGGUAUCCCGACCGUCACCGCAAACCGUUUGCAGCGUUUCGCACUCACUCUUCUAGCGUAUGAUUUCACCAUAGAGUAUGUACGCACCGAUGACUUCGGAAAAGCUAACUUGCUUUCGCGCCUGAUCAACACACAAGCCAAACCUGAAGAAGACACCGUGAUCGCAUGCAUAGGAACAGACAUCAAAGCAAUGGUGGUAAGUGCGUUUCAUAACACUCCACUUCAUUUUGCAGACCUUAUCAGAGAAACACGGAAAGACCCCCUACUGCAAAAGCUCGUGCAUUACAUACGUGAAGGAUGGCCCAGUAAUGCAACCUACACAGGGAAAUUGUCUCGUUUCUUCGCACGUAAGGAUGCUUUAUCAACCGUUGAUGGUUGUAUUUUGUUCGGGGAGAGGGUGGAGAUUCCUCGAGUUCUACAACAGCAAUGUCUGCAACAAAUACACCACGGUCAUCCUGGCAUACAACGGAUGAAAGCAUUGGCCAGAAGCUACCUUUAUUGGCCAUCCUUGGACGCUGACAUCACGGAAUGGGUCAAAACAUGUAACGCGUGCCAAGCAGUUGCACGAUCACCCCCUCACUCAAGUCCCGUUCCUUGGCCAAAAGCUGCAGGUCAAUGGCAGCGCAUUCAUGUGGACUAUGCUGGUCCACUAGAUGGAGAUUUCUACCUCAUCGUAGUAGAUUCGUUCACGAAAUGGCCUGAAGUAUUUCGAACGAGCAGCACUACAUCCGCAGCAACCAUCGGCAUCUUACGCGGAAUAUUCGCCCGAACGGCAUCGAGCACAUAACGACGGCACCCUAUCAUCCGCAGUCUAACGGGCAGGCUGAAAGGUUCGUUGAUACUUUCAAGC